AUUUAAAUAGCAAAAUUAAUAUAAACUAAAUAUAAAAUGUGAAAUAAAAAACAGCUUAAAAGUAAUAAAAAAUACUGGCAAUACAGUGUGUUGCAAAACAAAACAACAAAAAACCCCAAAACAUAAAAGAAAAAAACAUACGUUGACAAUAUCUCAUCAUUGCACAGGAGACUCACAAUUGCAAUGUUAAAUAAGAAAGGUAUAAAAUGCUGCUGAUUCUGUAUACCAGCUCACCAGGGACAUGAUAUUUAAUCCUGUACGUUUAUGUUACAGAAGAACAGACUGAGGUAUGGAAAGGUUAAGUGAAAUGUGCAGGUUAAGUGAAAAGUGAAACAAGAUUUGAACCCAACUUGAUUCCAACUUUGGCAUUCUAGAGAAAGUGGUUGGAAUAGAUCAAAAGUUCUUAACCUUGAGUAUGUGAAUCAAAAAAAAAAAAUUGGGGGGGGAUAACUAUUUCAUUAAAAUUAUUUUUCUUCCUAAUUCUGUGUAUUUUAUUUCAUGAAUUUAAAGGUAUUUUAUUUUGAUAAGGAAUGGAUAGAUUGCCAAAGGAGUUCAUGAUACAAAAAAAGUUAAGUACCCUGAACUACAUAUUCUCUAAGGUGAGAGAAGUCCAGAUUUCUCUAAAAACUACAUAUUGUUUGCCUUUUGUUCUUGAUAACCAGAAAUGAUAUCACAGGAUGACGUCUUGACUUGUGCAUGAACUGGAUUUAGGUGAAACAGCUUCAAAAAGUCCUCAGCCACACUCUCCAGUCAUGGAUCUGCAGUGGCAAGACAAGUGGAAAAGACAGACAAUGGAUCAAGAUGCACUGGGUGACCUUGGAGUACUUCUGAAUGAAAACCAAUGGCACUAUUCAAUCCUUCUGCCCCUUUUUCUUUAUCUCCCAGGCCUCUGGAUUUUCACAGUUGUCUGGCUGUCUUUUUCAUAAAUGCUGAGUUGAAUACACACUCAGAUACAGCUGUUAGUGAAGUUGGCACACCACAAAGAUAGUUAAUGAUUGAGUAAACUUCCCAGCUGUUUUUGUGUGGGGGUGGUAUGUGGUAAAUAUGACUAUUAUUUAGGCUCUUGGUUUAUGAAUUAGUAGAAAGCUAUAGUGUUAAGGCUUGUCCACUUGGCAGACCUACAAAUGCUGAAAUUACAGAUCACUUAAUAAAAUAUACUAUUACUUGAGUUCUUCUAAAUAUUGAAGAUGUCUAGGAAGAUAAAAUUCCUAAAAAGGUUGAAUUAAGAAUUUUUUUCUACAAAAUGCGAAAAGUUUUCUUUUACCAUAGUUCCAUAAUAUAACUGUGAAUGUUAAUUUAGAGCAAAAAUUUCUUAAUCUGAGACCCAUGACCUUUAUAAUUUUUUGAUAACUAUAUUUCAAUACAAAUUUUUUCUUUUGUAAUUCUAUAGAUUUUUUUGAUACUUUUUUUUUUUAUGGCUACAUUUGAAAAUAUUAUUGAGAGAAGUGUUUAUAGUUUUCACCAAAUGGUCUAAGGGCUCCAUGGCACACAAAACAGAUUAAAGAUCCCUGAUUUACAGUUUGAUACAAUAUAGAUCUUUCCAGAAAUGUGUGUGAUACAGGAAAAUGGAGUUUUAAAGUAAAUCCGUGACUAAAAAGCAAGGCAUAAAUAGUAUUAUUUUAAAAUGUUUAACUGGUGAUUAAUAGUAAAGAAAUGUAAAAUGCAAAGAAAGGUUAAAAAAAAGGUAUAAUUGGAUAAUCACUAAAAUCCAUUUAAUGAAAUGAUGUAUAGUGUACAAUCUGUUUUACUUAAGAGCAUAUCAAGUUUCCAUAAGAAUUUUUUAAUGCGACUAUUGAAAUAAAUAUAGAAGUUAAAGCUGGUUUUUUCUUUGCUACAUUAUUUAGGCCUACCCAAAAAGCACCUUUUAGCAACCUUCCCUUCAUCCCAAUAAACAAUUUCUAGGACUCAAACUGUUUCAACACAGCAUUUGGAAAACCAUUUAGAAUUUUAUUAAGAAUGUAUAACAUUGUACAGGUAUUCAAAUACUGGUAUGAUACAUAAAUACCUUACUGAAAGGACAACACCUUUAAAUAUAUUGACUGCUUCAUCUUUUAAAUAGACAGGAACUUGUGAACAUAUCUAUUAUACAGAAUUUCUCAUUCAACAGAAUUGACUGUAUCCACAUCAGCAAAGCAGCAUAAGAAUGGGCUAUUGGCCAGGAUGAGGAAUUAGCCUUGUUAUAUAAAACUUGGUGUUACAAUGAUUUAUUUUAAAUUGGAAAAACAACAACAACAACAACAUACCACCACACCUUAUUUUAUUCAUAUCUCUUAAACUUUAUGCUACAUUUAAAUCCAAAGUUCUUUCAUGUAUUUUGACUUAACUGGAAUAUUUACACACUUGUUAGUGUGUAAAUACUUCAUCUUUCAUCUUAGUAUUUUUUUUUGUUGUUAUUGUUUAGGAUUUGACAGAAUUGAUAGAUUUAAAAUAAUUAAAACCUGUAUUUUAAUGCUAUUUGAUCCUUCAUGUGAUAUUUUUAUAGUUAUUGUAUAUGAUACCAAUUAUUUUGUUUAACAUUACAUUAAGUAGCAUGGCAGAAAAAGUUCUGGAUCAGGAGUCAGGAGUCCUUUGUUAUAGGCCAAAGUUUGCUUCUAAGAAGUCAUAUAACCACAAACAAGUCACUGUUGGCCUCAGUUUCUACAUCUUUAAAAAGGGUUGGAUGAGUUGAUCUUUUAAAUCUCUUUCUGCUCUAAUGUUCUUUGAAUUUAAAUAAAGGCCUCUUGAAUUCAUUAUGAAAUACAGACUGUUAGUUUGCUUUGAAACCAAGGAUCCUAAUAUUAAAAAGAAAUUUAUGAUUCCCUGCCUCACUUACAUCCUGCUUUUUUAAUCUUAAAAUAUACGUCUGUAGCGUUUAAACAAUUUUCAAUCUGAGACCAGUCUUGAAUUUUACAGUUUUGAAAAAUGAAAAUUAACCUUUAUGUCUUUUUCUCAGUUUCUAUGAUAUAAAAAUAUUCCUAAUGAUGUUUAUUUACUGCAUUUUUUUUAAUGUCCCAAAUUGGUGAAGAGAGAACACUAGGAAGAUAAGUAAGGAAGCUCUCAGAAAUUUACUAAAAACUUUUAAGACAUUGGAGAUCAGAGAAUAUAGGAAAUGAGUAAAACAAUGGUGAACUUUCCUUCUACUUGGAGAUUGUUGAUCUUUUUAAUAAAAUACAAGUUAUGAAGUUAGAAAUACAAGUUCUUCCAGAUGCUAUUUAUUAAAUCUUAAACUUACUAAAAACAAACUAAAAUAAGAAAUAAAUUUUAAACACAAACAUUCCACAUUGGGGUAAUAGGAAACCCCUAAUUUUUAUUGAUCUCUUAAUUAAACAAAUUUGCUUAUUUAAAACUAUGAGGAUGGUAAGAAAAAACACUAUUUUAUUUGUAUCAGAAAUAAAACUUAACACCCUCCCUCCUUCAUCUCCACAUUUCGGCAGAAGCUGGUAGGGUUUCUUUUUCCUGCAGCUUCUAAGAAUAAUUCCAAGAAAAAAAAAAUCAAACAUCAACCUCUAAAGAGUUCCAAAAUACCCAUUAUCUCAUUCUGCAGUAAAGGAUGAUUGACCAGCUAUUAGAUCAAGUAACAAAGCAGGGACAUGAGUCUGAAGAAAUUAUUGGAUAUCUAUUUCUUAAAGAAAACUGUUCAAGCACAUUAAAAACAAGUCCCUCCCAACUUGCUCUUUGCAAAAAAAAAAAAAAAAAGAUUAGACUUGAACAUGCAAAUGUAUAAAUUGGUAGUGGAGUACCCAUUUAGCAAUGGGAAAUCAUACCUUCCACUUCAUUGCCCCUAUGAGAUGCCAACAAAAGGAAUUCUGACUUUGAAAAUCCUCAAUUUCUAAUCAAAUGAUUGGAAAGUCCAGGUUUCACUGACUUGUUACCGGCUGCUAUAAGACAGCUUCAUGACCCAGAGGUUGCUUAACCCCACGGAUGCUAGAUCUCAACUCAGCAGGACCUCCUUUUGAAUCUCCUGGGUGUUACUGUGAAAAUAACACUGUUUAAUCCUUCUUUACUGCGGUUUAAUUAGAAUCUACUCCAAACUGAAAGUUGAUCUUUCGCGAACCCUUUCCCAGCUGAAUUCGUGAAACAAUGCUGCCCCAAACCCUGGGAUCUGGGUGACACAAGCUUUCGAGUAGAACAAAGCUCCUGUAUUAAUUAGGUCUUCUGGGACACUUAACCCUCCCCUCCACUCCGCUCUCUUCCAUUCUCCAUCCCCGCCCCCAUCCCAAGUGUAGCUUUGUUCUAUUCCUGAGAAGGGUCAUCCUCGUGAUUUCCAGUUAGGUCAUUCAAAGUCGAAAGUUUCAGCUCUCUAAGUCUCGGUCCUUGAUUUACAACCCAAAACUGUAAGGCCAGGAGGCGGAGCGAGAAGGGCUAGGACAAACCGCUUGGUAUGGAAGGAAAGGAUUGUGUCUGCGCUCUAUUCCUGUAUCUAUGAGCUACAGUGAUAAUAUGUACGGCACUGGGCAUGGGUGGCCAAGCAUGUCCAAUUAUACCAGUGACUAAACGUAUUUACUUGCCUGGCCUCCCGCUUUAAUCCCGUCGGGUCUGAUUUAAUCCCUCACACGGAGCAGGAGUAAAAGAUCACCCCGCAUCCCCCACCCCAGGAGCCAGUUGUCCCCGGCCCUCGUUGUGUAUGUGUGUGAGCGAAUGCGGGCGUGUGUAUUAGCAGGAAAAUUCUGAACCUGGACCACCUGCAGUUGGUUGGCCGAGACUCAGGGCUGACUGAGAGGGGCUAGGUGCUGACGGAGAGGAGAGCCUUCCACUUCCACAUCCUACUCAAUUCCACCGCGUCUGCACAUCUGUUGUUGCUUUUUUGCCUCAGCCUGUCAAGAGUUCGAAGAUACAUCUGAUUAGGAGAUAGGGGCAGCGGGGGACACAGCAGCUCCUUUCAUUCAGGUGAUGGUGCGGCCCCACAACUGUCCUUGGUGGGCCGUAGGGAACUCCCUCUUAAAGGCUGCAUUUCUAAAAAGCUUCUCUGACCCAGCAGUCCCCCAAUCUCUUGAAGCUGGAACCGCUCCAAGUCCGGUGGAUUCCAUCUUCUUAUUUCCCGUGGGCUUUCUGAGGUAUGGGAAACCUUUCCUAACCAACGCAUGGCUCACCUGUGCUAGGAGAAGGGGAGUGUGUGGUUCAGAAAUGGUGAGGGAAUCAUCAUUUUAAUAAAAAAAAAAAAAGCUGUAAAGAUCUCUAGAAGUAAAGCAAAGUUUAUUAUAUAUUCUCGGGAGAAGGACGUCCUACCCAUGGAGCAAACAAUGGAAGGGAGGAAGCCCCUGGGGGCAGGGUCAACACUUUUAAUCCCUAACGCAAAUACCCCCUCCCACCACUGACCCUCAUCCUUAUUGGCUGAGGAUCUUACAUUCUAAACACGGGAACUACCCAAGAAAUUGAACUUGACCAAUAAGUACAUAGUUACCCAUAUUUGACUGAAAUAGAGAAACGCUGAUGUCAUGGGAAGAUAGCAGGAAGGGAACUUAAUUAUUCCCUUGAUUUAAUGCUUGAAGUCCUUCAGGCCUACUCAAACUGAAGUAGUUGAAGCCUUACUCCAUUUUCACAACUGUCUUGAAAGAUCUCACCUCAUCUCAAUCAGGAGGAUGGCAACUUUCAGACUUAGAUGAAAGAUGAAAAUGAUCGGGACUAUGAAGGGCACUUGCCAACUCCGGUAAUCUAGUAGGGACCACCACUCCGGUGAUUUGUACCUGAGCUCGUUUAUUUGUGUGGGAUGUGUUUGGGGGUGUUUGGCUUGUUCUUGAUUUAGCCGUUUUCCCAACCUGUUCUCCUUUGCAUGUUGCACCAUGAGUUACUUUCUGUCCUACUGCAAAGCUCACGGAGGGGCCAUCCUCACCCACUAUCAGGCCCUGCGUGAAGAGGGCUUUUUGUGCGAUGUGAAGCUGGAGGCUGAAGGCAGAGAGUUCCAGGCGCACAGGUCGCUCCUGGCGUGCUCAAGUGACUAUUUUAAAGCUCUUUUCAAAAGCUAUACGCAGGAGUCUAGGGCCCCCGUUAUCCACCUGCAAGUGCCCUCGGCCAGUGGUCUUCAGCGCCUCUUGGACUUCAUCUACACUGCCUGGCUGCCCUUGUCCAUGGACACGCUGGAAGACACGCUAGAGGCCGCCACCUACCUGCAAGUGAGUGAGGCUAUAGGCCUCUGCAGUCACUACUUGGUAAGUCACCUGGGCCUGGAGAACUGUUGCUUUGUGGCCAACCUCUCCACCCGCUUUGGCCUGGCUGACACGCUGUCAGCGGCCGAAAACUUCAUCGGGCGCCACAUGCGAGAGCUGCUGGACAGGGGCCCCGAAGAGGUGGGGCUUCUGGAGCUUAACCCAGUCUCGCUUAAGGCGGUACUGGGCUCCCCAGACGUGCCAUACGUGGCCGAGGCCCAUUUACUGAACCUGGCGCUGAGCUGGUUGCUUCAGGAUCCCGCGGCCGAACGCCUUCCGCACUGCUCCAGUCUUCUGGAACGCAUUCGUUUCGGUCUGGUGCCCCUCGAACUGCUUCGUCAGGUCUAUUCGGGCUCAGGCCUCAGUCUUCCUACCCGAGUGAAGGGUCUAAUUAUCCAGGCUAUCAGCUAUCAUACAGCCAUCUCCCGCCAGCCCUUAAUGCAGAGCGAGCAGACUAGUUGCAGGAACUCCCGAACCCGCAUCUUACUGGUUGGGGGACGCCGGGCCAAGGAGGCCGUGACUCAAGGUGCUGAAGAUGCACAAAUCCCUCAAGAAGAGGAAAGAGAUAGCAUCAGCGAAGCUUCAGAUGAAGAGGUUGAACAGGAGGUGCAACCUGGAGAAGUGGAUGAGUGGGAACUGACCCAAGAUGUGGUCUCCUUCGACGUGUACAACCACCACUGGCGCAACCUCACCAGGCUGCCUGCCCCGUUGCAGGGACACUGCGUGUGUACUAUUGGCAACUUCCUUUACGUACUGGGAGGGGAGAGUCCGGCAGGCAGCUCCUCUUCUCUGUCUCCAACCGUUCCUCUGGAGGUCACAGCUCAAGUGCACCGCUAUGAUGCGCAUUUCCACGUGUGGGCUCCUAUGCCCGCCAUGCAAAAGGCCCGGGCCUAUUUCUGGUGCGGCUUUGUGGGAGACAACCUCUUAGCCGUCGGGGGUGUGGGCGCAGAUGGAGAUGCCCUAGCCUCUGUGGAGAUGUACGACUUGGGCCGAGACCGCUGGACAGCGGCCAAGGAGUUGCCGCGUGCAGUGUAUGGUCAUGCCGGGGCAGUAGGGGCCUGUGGCACUGUUUAUAUAUCCGGGGGCAAGCUCAGAGGGCGGCCGAAGGUUGGAGAUUUGGAACGAAGUGCCAGCAUCUCGGAUGUGUACGCUCUAAGUCCACAGGAGAGGGUAUGGAGUAAAAGGGCAUCCAUGAACGUCUCCCGCUUUGGGCACCAAAUGGCUACGCUACGUGGCGCGGUGUUUGCUUUUCUGGGGCUCUAUGAGUCCUUCUUAGACAUUGAACGCUACGAUCCCGAAGUAGAUGAGUGGACUCGCUUGCGGCCCCUGCUCUAUGACCGUUUUUGCUAUGGACUAGCGGUGGUGGAGGAGACUGCACUUCUACUAGGUGGGUUAAAAUGGCAAAAUUCCAGACAAGUGCCCACCCGCAACGUGGUAGGCUAUGACUUGGACCUCGACUGCUGGGAAGAUAUUGGUUGCAACAUGCCGCAGGCUUGGAGCGGCCUUAAGUGUGCAGUGUUACAACUGUCAGAAGAGGUAGAGGAAAGGGUAGAAAAGAUAAAGAAAGUGGAAACACAGGCUGGGGCGCAUUAAAUCAUGCUCAUCUCAUUUCAGGACGCAGUUAUGAAAAUAGGUGUAACUGACUAGCACAUUGUUCCCAAGAUGAUAAGUCUCGUCCAAUGAAUCUUUAAACCUUAUGAGAUUGCAGAGACCAGAGGUUAUGGAAAUAUUGAAGUAUUAAACUGAAGGCAGUUUCAGCUUAACAUUAAAUCCCAGAAGAUAUUCUCCUUCUCCCACUCCUUCCCCCUCUUCCUCCUCCCCCCUACGAUGGGAGUAAAGAGAAGAUAGGAAAGGUGAUUUAGCUUCAGCAGCCUGAUUUCUUGGAAGAAUAGAACUGGGUUAGCAAAAAUUUUGGAGUAGUUAAAUCUUUUUUAUUUAAAAAAAAAACUCACUUAAAAUUAGUUUUACAAGGUAUUAAAUGGAAAUCAUCUUUGUGCCAAAGCUAAAGAAAGAAAAUAAAAAGUGAAGUAUUUCAAGUAUUGGAAAAUGUUAACAAAAAUAGAAUGAUAUUAAUUUUGGUAAAUUGUGGAGUAAGACAAUCCUCAUUAAACAGAAUAAAAUUGUUGGAAGGAGAAAUAUGAUUUUCUAUAUCAUAAGUAUAAUUGUGGUUAUACUCUAAUGUCUCAUGAAAAUACGGAACUGAGAGACAAAACCUUUGGGAAAGUAACUUUUGUGGCAUGGCCUUUAGAUAGAGUGUUUUAUUGUUUUUAAAUUUCUGGCAUGAUUUUGGAUCAAAUUUUAGUAUCAUUAACACUUUUAUGGUACAUAAUGAAGAGAGUUAAUAUGGGGAUCUAAUAGUAAAUAAAGUAUUUUCUGUAUCCGUC